AAGUAGUGCGGUGCAAUAGAUUAAUUUUUUUGAAUUCUCGAGCAUUUACCCUUUUGUGACGUCACAAGCGAUGGAUCAUGUGAUGUUUAAAGGGGAACAUGUGCUCGAUUUGUUAUCGAUAGAUUACAAUAGAUCAACUUUCUAUACUUUUUAAAGGUGUUUUUUUUGGUUAAUUUAAUUUAAAAAUGUCGCUUUUAGACGAUACUACUGUUGAAGUAAGGAGUAGGAACAGGAGUAGGAACAAUAGUAGUUUAAACGAUUCCUACUCUUUACCUCAUCCUUUAUCCGUAAAUCAAACUUCUGAUGGGGGGUGGAUGGUUAGAUUGAGGACUGUUAUCGAUUCGGGACGAUCCAGUGUCAGUGAAUUCAUCAAAAGUGAAACUGUUGACAUCCCACCUGAAGAAAAUGGUAUCAGCUGGUAUGCUGCAGUGUUUCUUGUUGUCAAUGCUGCUCUCGGAGCUGGUCUGUUAAACUUUCCUCAGGCUUUCGAUCAGGCGGGAGGAAUUGUCGUCGCCUGCAUAGUGCAGACGGUUCUUUUAACAUUUGUUAUAGCAGCUUUAGUGAUUUUGGCAUACUGUUCGGACGAGAACAAAUGUGCCACUUAUCAAGACGUCGUUUCUGGAAUGUGCGGCAAAAUUGCCCGGAGGCUGUGUGCUGCAGCUGUCGCUCUGUACUGUUACGGAACUUGUAUAACAUUCUUGAUAAUAAUUGGAGAUCAAUUUGAAAGAGUAUUAGCUUCGUGGUAUGGUUCCAGCUUUUGUCAUUAUUGGUAUAUGACUAGAAACUUUACAAUGAUUGUCAGUUCUGUUGUAUUGAUCCUUCCAUUUUGUUUUCCUAAAAGAAUAGACUUUUUAAAAUAUGCAAGUUCAUUUGGAGUGUUAUCAAUAAUGUAUGUGGAAUUUCUGGUCAUUUACAAAUUCUAUGAAGGAAAACAUGAGUCUGGUCCCGUCAAAUCGAAACCUGAUGCUUGGACGGAUGUGUUUUUAGUCAUUCCUGUCAUAUGUUUCGGUUAUCAGUGUCAUGUAAGUUGUGUUCCAGUAUAUUCGUGCCUUAAAAACAGACGUGUUGGUGUAUUUUUAAGAACAGUAAUCGUUGCAAUGGCCAUAUGUGUUCUCACAUAUACAGUAGCUGCAACUUAUGGUUACCUUACAUUUGGUUCUCUAGUCACCAGUGAUAUUUUAGAGUCUUACGAUGCUACAGAUCCUGUAGUGCUUGUAGGUUUGAUAGCACUUGCAAUCAAAACUUAUACAACAUAUCCAAUAUUGUUAUUUUGCGGCAGAGUUGCAAUUGAUGACUUGUAUCUUGAAUUGAGGAAAAUAUCAAUCGAGACUGGGAUGCGUUUUGAACGAUUGAGAAGAAUCAUCAUAGCUAUGGUAUGGUUUGUUACAAGUGUGUUCUUAGCAGCGGUUAUACCUAAUAUAGGUGUAGUAAUUCAGUAUUUGGGAAGUCUAGCAGCAGUUUUUAUAUUUAUAUUUCCAGGAUUAUGUCUCUUGCAAUUGGCGUUAAAGAAAGAUGACAUUAUCAUUUUACCAAAAACCAAAGUCUUAAUUGCAAUUUCGGGUACGUUUUUAUUUGUAGGUUCUCUUAUUUUCGGACUGGUUUUCACUCAGUCAUUAAUAGAAAAUAUCAAACACAAGGAUAUGGAUACAAUUAAAUUAUGUCACUAAUUAUUCCUAUUCUUAGAGGAAUGUUGCAGGAUUCAUUCUCAUAAUUGUAAAGAACAGAAAUUUUCACACAUUCAUCAACUUCAUUUUUACUUUUUAUAAUUUUGUAUUAAAGAAAUAAAAAACAUUCAUCAACUUGAGUGAUUUAAACAUCAU